CGCCGAAAUUCAAUUGGGCGAUGCCAACUUAAGCGUGUGAGGGGGGUAGGAACUGAGAUUUGGAAGGUACCAUUCGGCGGAGGCCUAGCGAGUGUGGGGACCUGAAGGGAGAGGACAGUCGCCCACAGCCCCACUUCUCAGCUGAUCCCUCUCAGGCCAUGAGCGGUCUAGUGCGCACCGAGCCGCUGCCCGGGGAGACCCCUCUGCUGGUGCCCGGCGACCCCUACUCUGUGGUGGUUCUGCUCCAAGGCUACGCGGAGCCCGAGGGGGUCGGCGACGCCGUGCGAGCCGACGGCUCAGUGACCCUUGUCCUGCCCCAGGCCUGGGCCCCGCCCUCCACCCACCGAGAGCCCCUGCCUUACGAGGCGAAGGCCGCCCUAGAGGAGGCGGCUCGGGGCCCCAUCCUCGUGGACACCGCGGGCCCUUGGGCUCGCGAGGCGCUCCUGGGGGCCCUGGAGGGUCAGGGAGUGGCUCCCGGAGACGUGACUCUGGUGGUGGGGACCCACGGACACUCGGACCACAUCGGGAACCUGGGGCUGUUUCCCGGGGCGGCCCUGCUGGUCUCGCACGACUUCUGCCUUCCCGGGGGCCGUUACCUCCCCCACGGACUGGGUGAGGAGCGGCCUUUGCGGUUGGGGCCGGGACUCGAGGUGUGGGCCACACCCGGCCACGGUGGCCAGCGGGACGUGAGCGUGCUGGUGGCUGGCACGGCCCUGGGGACCAUCAUGGUAGUGGGCGAUGUGUUUGAACGUGAUGGGGACGAGGGCUCGUGGCAGGCGCUGAGUGAAGACCCAGUGGCCCAGAAGCACAGCCGAAAGCGGGUCCUGGGCACUGCCGACGUGGUCGUGCCUGGUCACGGAGCCCCUUUUAGGGUGAUAAGGGAAGCCUCGGCGCCAGAGACAGAGCCAGCCAGAUCUCGUGACGGAGAGGAGCCCUCUGUGCACGGAUAAAACCCAGUCUUGACUGGAUCCUUUUCAGUGAUCCCAUCUCCCACCCCCCAACCGAGGAACUGAACGUCCAAGAGACAAGAUGACGUGUCAAAGUAGUCACGGGUGGUCUCUUCAGGAGGCCAGUCUUCCAGCGAGGACAGAGUGCUUCUGCCCCAGCUGCCACCUACAUCAUUGUUUCUCUGACCAAACUAGGACCGAGGACUCCUCGGCUCUGUGUCAUCUCUCAGCUGUCAUUAGUAAAACAGUAGAAUGUUCUUGGGAGUCUUCCAAAAUAAAGGUAGAAACUGCAUUGAAAA